GGAGAUCAUAAUGUAAAAACUAAGAGCGUUACGGCAGUUGCUUUUAAAACUGUUUUAAUUCAGCUAUUAAACAAAGUUUAGUUCAAGAAGAGUAGUCGUUUAGGUUCAUAAGGACAGAGCUUCUUCGAAGAAUGUUAUGAAAAUGUUUAAGAUUAUAUGUUAUCAUACCGUUCUGAUGUCAUUAACAGUUGCUAUUAAUGGAAAAACUAAAGAACAUGUUACCUGUAUACGAGAUUACGUUCAGAUUGGUUGCUAUGAGAACGUGCAUAAAUUAUUGACACAGUUUCUGGUCAGUGAUCGAGAUAUUGCAUCAAAAUAUUCUACUGGUCAUUUAAUUGAUUGGAGGAGCUAUGCUCUCUCACUACACAGUUUGGCUUGUCGCUGUUCAGAGAAGGCCCGUAAACUUAACCUAAAAUAUUUUGGUAUACGCUUUUACGGAGAAUGUUACGGUGGUAAUGAUAUUCUCGCACUACAUGAGCAAAUGCGAGAAGAAGAUAUGACGGAGAAAUCAAGUCAUGUCCAUUGCAUUAAUGGAGAAUACGCCAAAUGUAACAGCAUUGAAAAAGAAUGCGCUGGUACUCAUCUUGGAGAAUAUGUAUACGAGAUUACCUAUGAAUCAGAGAAAGUUGUUGAUGGUGGAUUUUCGGAAUGGUCUGAGUUUGGUGAUUGUUCGUCGGAAUGUAAUGUUGGAGUCGAGAUUAGAGAAAGGAAAUGUAAUAAUCCUGAACCUAAAGGAGAAGGAGCGAAAGAUUGCAGUGAAAUUGGUCCUUACACAGAAAGUAGGCCAUGUAAAAUGGUUCAAUGUGAUAAACCAACAGUUUGGUCAAACUGGACACCAUGCUCAAAAUCGUGUAAUUCUGGAUUUACCAUAAGAACUAUGGGUUGUAAUUCAGCAAGAACACGAUGUGUUGGGUCAGAAUCUGAAAUUAGAGAAUGUAAUACUCAUGACUGCUCAGACGUUUUCCCGAUUGGAGUACAUUGGUCCAACUGGUCAGCUUGUUCACAAUCAUGUGGCGAUGGGAAAAGAUAUAGAAAAAGAUUCUGCAACUCUGAUAGGUUAAAAUUGGAAGGAAAACUAUGUGCAGAUUAUGAGCAGGACGAGAUGAUCUGCAAUUUACAGGAUUGUCCAGUGAAUGGUCAGUAAAUAGAUGAUGCAUUUCACAGUACAGAACCAUUAACGAAAUAAUAAUUGUACUAAAUCUAUACAACUACACAAAAACAUGCAAUUUGUUAUAA